GGCGAGGAGGCGGCCCAGCCCUGAGCGGGCCUUGUGCGGGGUCGCCGCGGCCCUGGCCCGGCUCCGCACCCCGCGGGGAGAGACCCCGGGGCGGGCCGCUGGUGCCGUCCCCGUCCCUCGCCGCCGCGGCCAGGCCGGGCUCCUCAGGGCCGCUGCUGCUGGGGCCGGGCUCGUGCCGCGCCGCUCUCCUGUCGGUGCCGUGGAGCCGGGGAGCGAAGCCGGAGGCCUUGGCUGUGCUCGCCGGGGGGAGAGGGCUGGAAAACCGCCCUCCUCGCUCCUGAGCGCGAGUCGAAACCUUCCCGCUCAUCAGCUCUUUAUUACCGUCAUCUUCUGACAGAAACAGACCUUUCUGUGCAUUUCUGCUGCCAGCAGGGCCAAAGUUUAUUGCAGUGGUGUCGUGGCCUCUGGUUUCCCCAGCGGUAACCUGCGGGGCUUCAGCUUGGUGGCUUACCCUGGUGCGGGAGGUAGAUGAUUGCCUCGGGAAAGCAGAGAGAGUAUGAAACAGAACAGCGUCAAUUUCCAGAUGUUCCUGAAUCAAAACAUGGAUCUGUGUCUUUGGAAGCAGGAUUAUUGCAGCCAUUACAUAUGGAACAAUUUUAUUCAGCCCCUGAAGCUGAUACUUUUGUCCAACAGUCUCUUCCCAUAUCCGAGGCAGCCCCUUUUCCAGAACCACCUGAUCCAAAAGCUUGUUCUCCUCAAGAAUACUUAGAGUAUUACAUAUUUCCAGUACUCUUACCCGGAAUGGCUGAACUUCUGUAUCGAGCAAAGAAGGAAAAGUGUUUUGAGAGAAGAAGGACCAAAUUUAUUGCCUGUGAUUUCCUAACUGAGUGGUUAUACAACAAGAACCCAAAGAGGAAAGAUGAGUCAUUCACAGAUUUCUUUUCUAUUCCUUUUGUUAAGGACUGGCUGAAGGACCAUCCUAGGCCACCAAUUCCUCUAUCUCUCCUUCUAUCAGAAGAAGAAGCAAGCAUAGUAAUUCAGUCCUUCUGGAGAGGUUAUCGGGUCCGCUGUGAUAGUGAAAUACAAGAGCUACGUCAGUGGCAAAAGCAGCUGAGAGAGGACAAAAACAUUAUUAAAAAAGUGAAAGAAUUCUGGACUAAGCAGGAAGCCAAAGUGGGAAGCAAAAUGGAAGACUCAGAAGAGCAUACAGAAAAUCAUUCAACAGCUCAACUUUAGUUUUCUCACUGACAUCACAAUACAGAGCUCACGGACUAAACUUUGUGGUACUGAUAUAGAAACACUCUUAGCAUUACAGUUUUACAUGUUGAGUUGUUGUAACUCAAAAGGAGAUUAUGUAAGAACCGAGCAUGCCAAGACAAAAUGCAGUCCUAGUGUAAGCAAGCACAGUUCUGUCAAAACAGAUGGAAUUCUGCACAUUUAGCCAAAAACACAGACUCAAAAUUUAUCUUGUAUCCUGAAUGCUCACUUGCAAGCUUUUCUGACAGGAAUAAAACUCUGCAUGAAAUAAAUAGGGUUACACCCCUACGCAGGAAAGUGUUAAAACUAAGGCAAAAAUCUCCAUUUAGUAUAAACUGGACUUCUGCAGAGCUGUGACAAUUUACAAAAAUCCAGGCUCUUGUUCGUAACAGUCUAAUUUUCAGAAAUGCUGUGCCUCUGCAAUUCCAACUGAAAACGAUGAGAGCUAGGGUUGCUCUGCAUUUCUGCAGAGGGGAAAAAAAGUCAAAGGCUCUUUUGUUAUCACUUAGCACAUGUGCUGGGAGAGUGUAAAACCAAAAUCACAGCGAUAGCAUUUUAGUGAUCUUGUGCAUGUGUACUUACUUACAUAAGGUGCAAAGAGGAAAAAAAAAAUCAGAUUGGGCCCCCUGCUAAGGAACUCUCAUUUUUUUUUUAAUGUUAUGCGUGACAAGACUGUCCUAUUUUGGCCUUUAUAGUUUCACUAUUAGAGAAGAUAUUUGCAGUUCUACUACUCUUUCCAUACAAGGCAAACAAAGGUCUAGUUGUUCUGAAUGAAAGUGUGCGAAAACACGGAUACCCUGUAGCUCUUGCUGUGGUUCAGUGUGCAUUUCUCCCACCACUUACACAGGCUUGGUAUAACAGUGAAGACAAAUACCCACCCCUCUUUUUUUAAUUUGUUGGUGAUGCUGGUUGUUGCACCAGGUCAGGAAAAAUCAAACCAUUUGAAGAAAAAAAUCUCUAAACCUGCAUUUUUCAACCCCAGCUGUAUGAUCCUAGCCACUUCCUUUUCAUAAGCACUAGCAAUUGAGCCAGUACAGGAAACAGCUGAGCCAACUGGAAAAAAAAAAUACCACUUGUAGUGUUAAGAGUUUGGCUGCUCAGCUCCUUGACUGGCUCACCAUGGGUCUGAUAGGUGCCAGAGCUAAGGGUAGAUGUGGGCAUGUGCCGAAAGGUGGAGGAGUGUGCCCUAGCCUCUAGGAGCCCCUUUCCUUAGUUAAACUUAGCUUAUAUUGCAGAAUUGCACCCACAGUAUCACCACAGGACUAUGGUGUCUGUAGCACCAUUAGUUUGCUGUAAUGGAAAAAUUUUAGGUGGAUUUUAACACCAAGUUAACACAAACAUUGUAAGUAAAUAGUAAAGCCUUUAUUCUCGUUAAGAACAGCAUUUUGAAAAUAAAACAUUUGCCCAUGCUUUACAA